CGGCCAUGUCGGGCCGGGGGAAACGGGAGCGUGAGUCCCGGAGCUCGGUUCGCGGGAAGCGGGAGUCGGAGUCCCGGGGGAAGCGGGAGCCGGACGGCGGACGGGGCGGCGGCGGCGGCGACGGGCGGGCGAGGCGCGAGCGGGAGGCGGCGGGGGCCCGGGGGAGCCCGAUCCGCGGGAAGCGCCUCAGGGACCAGGAGGAGGGGGAGGAGGGGGAGGAGGAGGAGGAGGCCGCCGUCGUCCCCCCCGCCGCCCCUCCGCCCCCGCCCGCGCGCGGGAAGCGCCAACGGCAGCUGGACGACGACUACUCCGAGCCCGAGCGGGACCUGCCAGUGAGACACGGCCGCCUGGACUCCGAGGACCGACGGAGCCGCCACUGCCCGUACCUGGACACCAUCAACAGGAGCGUCUUGGACUUUGACUUUGAGAAACUCUGCUCCAUCUCCCUCUCGCACAUCAACGUCUAUGCCUGCCUGGUGUGUGGCAAGUACUUCCAGGGCAGAGGGCUGAAGUCCCAUGCGUACAUCCACAGCGUCCAGUGCAGCCACCACGUCUUCCUCAACCUGCACACCCUCAAAUUCUACUGCCUCCCCGACAAUUACGAGAUCAUCGACUCGUCCCUGGAGGACAUCACCUACGUGCUGAAACCCACCUUCACCAAGCAGCAGAUCGGCAACCUGGACAAGCAGGCCAAGCUAUCCCGGGCCUACGAUGGCACCACCUACCUGCCCGGCAUUGUGGGAUUGAACAACAUAAAGGCCAACGACUAUGCCAAUGCCGUGCUUCAGGCUCUGUCCAACGUCCCGCCGCUGCGCAACUAUUUCCUGGAGGAGGAAAACUACAAGAACAUCAAGCGCCCACCCGGGGACAUCAUGUUCCUGCUGGUGCAGCGUUUCGGGGAGCUGAUGAGGAAGCUGUGGAACCCGCGGAAUUUCAAGGCCCACGUCUCACCCCACGAGAUGCUGCAGGCCGUGGUCCUGUGCAGCAAAAAGACCUUCCAGAUCACCAAGCAAGGUGACGGCGUCGACUUCCUGUCUUGGUUUCUGAACGCCUUGCAUUCGGCCCUUGGCGGCACCAAAAAGAAGAAGAAAACGAUCGUGACAGACGUCUUCCAGGGCUCCAUGAGGAUUUUCACCAAGAAGCUGCCACAUCCUGAUCUGCCCGCAGAGGAGAAAGAGCACUUGCUGCACAACGACGAGUACCAGGAGACGAUGGUGGAGUCGACAUUCAUGUACCUGACGCUGGACCUCCCCACCGCGCCCCUGUACAAGGAUGAGAAGGAACAGCUCAUCAUCCCCCAGGUGCCGCUCUUCAACAUCUUGGCCAAGUUCAACGGGAUCACGGAAAAGGAAUACAAAACUUACAAGGAGAACUUCCUGAAACGUUUCCAGCUCACCAAACUGCCUCCAUACCUCAUCUUUUGCAUUAAGAGAUUCACCAAAAACAACUUCUUCGUGGAGAAGAACCCAACCAUCGUCAACUUCCCUAUCACGAACGUGGACCUGCGGGAAUAUUUGUCCGAGGAGGUACAGGCCGUGCACGAGAACACCACAUACGACCUGAUCGCCAACAUCGUACAUGACGGGAAGCCUACAGAGGGCUCGUACCGGAUCCACGUCCUCCAUCACGGGACAGGGAAGUGGUACGAGUUGCAAGACCUGCAGGUGACAGACAUUCUCCCUCAGAUGAUCACACUCUCGGAGGCGUACAUCCAGAUCUGGAAGAGGCGGGAUAGUGAUGAAACCAACCAGCAGGGGGCAUGAACCCCCUGGCCCAGUCCUCCCAGUCCUCCCAGUCCUCCCGGAGCUGGUCCCCCCCGCUCAUCCGAAGCCGGCCCCCGCUGACCGACCCACCUACUGUUGUGACGACCGACCCACCUACUGUUGUGACGAGAGGCAAGUGAAGGCGCGGCCUGCUUUGGGUUUGGCGUACCCCACCCUAGCCGGCCGCUUCCUGUCCCUGCUGGGCCGUACUCAGUGGCAGCGUAAUUUACUACGCAAAGAGGGUCCUGAGGGGAAAUGCUCCUAUGGGUCAAGCCAGAGGUGUGGUUAACAGAGUCUUUGUCACCAGGCCGCCGCCUCCUUCCUCGUGCCCGCCCACCCUGUAGGUGACGGGGUGACUCCCCUGGGCAGCUGCCCGUGAGAAUGUGAGCCGUGUUUUCUAGUGUAUAUUAAAUGUACCUGUUUCUA